AUGCCCUGCAGAAUUAUUUUAAAGCCUUUAGAAAAAUGUGAAGUUAUAGAAGUUCAUAAUGGCAAGUCCAUUAGAUGAUUAAAACUUUAUAUUAGGAAUAAAUUUGGAAUUCCAAUUAGAAAGCAAUAUACAUUAAAAUGGCAACACAUGUCAAAAUGCCCUCUUGGAACAGAAGUCGAGAUCUUAUUGCUACGGCGAAUGGGAUGUACUCCGAGGAGAAUCUAUUGCAGGCUCAAGAGAUGUAUCCGGGUAGGUUUCGGCUGCUUUCCUGUGGUUGGAAAUGGAGGCGCUUAUAAAGUCCUUUGGAUCCGACGACCCAUAGCAUUUCUGAAACUUGGGGUAUCGGCCCAGGCCGCAGCGGGGAGCAAUCUUUUUACUGUAAGCUGCCGAAGGAAGGCGCUUCGAUAUCCGAUAGACUCCAAGAAGUUGAUCCCUGGAAUAAAGCUACUCCAAUCGCCCGUACCAGGGCCGCAGAAAUCCGUAAGCUGCCCGCUCAAAACUGAAGCUGCAAGGGGGAGGCAGAAUGUGUCAGAAGUGCAUAGAUCCUCUGGGCUAGAUUCAAAAAGCGAUGGAACCUUCCGUACGGGAAGUAUUUUGUGACUGCAUCACUUAUAUGUCUAAUGCCUGAGUCUUAAUAAUCCUACCCAAUUAGAAAUCAGACUUGGCAUUUAGAAAAUAAAAUUGUAUGAAGUCCAGCAAAUUAUAAUUGGCCUGACAUUAAUAUCAAGGAUAAUGACACGAUUACUGUUACACCCUAUAAGGUUGGGGGAGGUUUUGCGCUAGCGAAAUUAUAUGACUUUAAUAACUUUGAAAAUAGAAUAGAAAUUGACUUUAGUGAAACUGCCCCUCCAUGGAGGCAUGUCAGACCAGGCAUCUGUUUUAUCGGUCAAUGUAAAAAUGAAAAUUGUGAAGAAUGUUAUCUCAUGCCAUGGAUAUGGAGUGUUUUCUUUGACCUCAGUAUGCUCUUGCUGCCCUAUGGAAAAAUGAAAAAAGCGUUUUGAGCCUGAUAA